AUGCAUCGCCCAGAAACUACGUCGAAUCGGCGAAACGACGUCGUCGCGCUUCUAGGAAUCGCCGAACGACGCCGUCGUCGCGCUUCCAGGAAUCGCAAAACGACGUCGUCGCGCUUCCAGGAAUCGCGUAAACGACGCGACAUCGUCGCUUCCCGGAAUCGCAGAAACGACGCGCGCAUCGCGGCUUCCAGGAAUCACGAAACGACGCGCGAUCGCGCUUCCAGGAAUCGCAGAACGACGCACAUCGCGCUUCUUGGAAUCGCGAGAACGACGCACGUCACGCUUCCGGAAUCGCAGAAGCGACGCACGUCACGCUUCCAAGAAUCGCGAAACGACGCACGUCACGCUUACAAGAAUCGCGAAACGACGCACAAUCGUAGAAACGAAGCGCCGUCGCGCUUCCAAGAAUCGCAAAAUGACGCUUCCAGGAAUCGCGAGAACGACGCACGCCGCGCUUCCAGGAAUCACAUAAACGACGCGCGUCGCGCUUCCAGGAAUCACAGAAACGACGCGCGUCGCGCUUCCAGGAAUCGUAGAAACGACACGCAUCGCGCUUCCAAGAAUCGUAGAAACGACACGCAUCGCGCUUCCAGGAAUCGUAGAAACGACACGCAUCGCGCUUCCAGGAAUUGCAGAAACGACACAUAUUGCGCUUCCUGGAAUCGCAGAAACGACGCACAUUGUACUUCCUGGAAUUGCAGAAAUGACGCACAUUGUGCUUCCUGGAAUCGCAGAAACGACGCACAUUGCGCUUCCUGGAAUCGCAGAAACGACGCACAUUGCGCUUCCUGGAAUCGCAGAAACGACGCACAUUGUACUUCCUGGAAUCGCAGAAACGACGCACAUCGCGUUUCCAAGAAUCGCACAAACGACGCGCGUCACGCUACCAGGAAUCGCAAAAACGACACAUGUCGCGCUUCCAGGAAUCGCAUAAACGACGCACGUCGCACUUCCAGGAAUCGCAGAAACGACGCACGUCGCACUUCCAGGAAUCGCAGAAACGACGCGCAUUGCGCUUCCAGAAAUCGCAAAAACGACGCGCGUCGCGCUUCCAGGAAUCGAAAAAACGACGUGCGUCGCACUUCCAGGAAUCGCAAAAACGACGCGCGUCGCGUUUCCAAGAAUCGCAAAAACGACACGCGUCGUGUUUUCAGGAAUCGCAUAAACGACACGCGUCGCGCUUCCAGAAAUCACAUAAACAACGCACGUCACGCUUCUAACAAUCGUAUAAACGACGCGCGUCGCGCUUAG